UAACUCGUUUCAUUCCUUUCGCGGUGUAGUGACCUAAACGAUCCUAUUCGUAUCGAUAACGAUAGCUCUAAAGACUUUGGCGGAUGUGCCUGCUAAAUUCAAAUAAUAAUUCGCUUUUCAAUUCAUGGGGUUCGAUUUGGUGGUAUUACCAUUUAAGGAAAUUCGUUUCAUCAUUAUGCUGUGAUGUAAAGAUGACAUUAGAGAGAAUAAACAUGGAGAAGAAACCAGAUGUAUAAAUAGGGGACCUAAAACAGCACUGUUGAAAGGAAAUUAUCAAACAAAACAUCUUAUUCAAACAUGUCUUCACAACAAAACCAGAACACUGAACCCACCAAGCUCGGAUCCUAUGUUACCCAUGGUACCGGUGUUGUUCAAGAAACCGUUGGCAAUCUCGUUGGCAACGAAGCCUUGAAGCAACAAGGAACUGCCAACAUUCAACAGGCCAAGGCUGAUUUCGAUCAAGCACAUCAAGCUGCUCAGUCUGCUGCUCCCAACAAGACCUCCGGCAACGUCAACUCCAUCAUUGGUGGUGUUAAGGAAGAAGUUGGCAGAACUGUUGGAAAUGCCAACUUGACCCAAGCUGGCUCUGAGCAACGCAACGACGGCAAUGCUGAGUACAAUGCUGCCAAGGCCGAGCGCGUCAUUGAUGGUGCCAAGGACAAGGUUACCGGAAAUGUUCAAAGCGGUGUCAAUGCUGCUCUUGGAGACAAGGCUGCUCAAGAGCAAGCACGAGCCAAGGCUGCUCAAGGUGAUGCUACCAUGCAACACAACAAGCUUGGUUAAAUUAUUCGCUUAAGCGAGCUAUCCACCAGCAUCUAGUUAAUGUAUAUAUGAUUAUUUUAUAAAAAGAUUUAGCCUUUUGUAAAUUGAAAAGUUGAGGUA